AUGCUAGGGUUCUGUGGGUCCUCGACAGGCGAUAACAAAGAGUAUGGCAGCAAGGAAGUCAGGGGCCAAAUAAGACUUCUCGGAGCACGUCAUGGCGUCUGCACCAAAGCUUUUAGCUUACCUUCUUUCCUCAAUAACCCCAGUCCAAACUGUAUUUCCGGCCUGUUUGCCGAGAAGAAGGCAGGUGAAGUUUCAAUAGGAGAUCAAGGGGAGUUCGUUAGUUCACCUUCGCAGAAUUCGGGUAUUCUCAAAUCUAUUGAUGUCUAA